AAUCCAUCACUCCUUUGUUUCCCGACUUUGUUCAUCUUUAAGAAAAUGGGAAGGUUAAUAUGGUUUUCCCAAAUCCUUUGCCUCUCCUUCAUGUUGUUACAGUUUCGAGUCCAAAGCUCCUCACCUUCUCAAUCUUCUCCCGAUUCACCACCACAUUUGUGCCGUCCUGAAGAGCGUUCUGCAUUGCUUGAUUUCAAAAACACUACUAGGUGGCUGAAAUACUGUCCUAGUAGUAGUGAUAUAAUACAAACUUGGAACGAGAGUAAAGACUGCUGCUUGUGGGAGGGCAUCACAUGCGACAAGAUGAAAGGUCACGUGAUUGGCCUUGAUCUUAGUAGUAAUUGCCUUGAAGCCAAUCUAACUACAAAUAGUAGUCUCUUCCGCCUUGAGAAAUUGCAGAGUCUCAACCUCUCUGACAAUUAUUUUCAUUAUCCUAACAUCUCAUUUGGGUUCGACCGUUGGAAGAGUUUGACAUAUCUUAAUCUUUCAUAUUCAAGAUACAUGGAUGGCUCUCUCCCGUUUGAUGAGAUCUUCCUGCUACCAAAAUUGAUUUCACUCGAUCUCUCUAAUAAUUAUGGUUUGCUUCUUGACAACAUAAAGUUUCAAAUGUUUGUGCAUAACUUAACAGAAUUAAGGUUUCUUAUCCUUGAUUCUGUGAAUAUGUCUCUGGUUGUGCCUUCUUCCUUUCUAAACUUGACUUCUUCCUUGGAGCAUUUGGGACUUAGCUCUUGUAAUUUGCAAGGAAACCUUCCAAACCAAGUUUUUCAGCUUCCAUCUCUCCAGCUUCUUAAUUUAAGCUACAACUAUGAUUUAGGAGGUAAUUUGCCUGAGUCAAACCAAAGUAGUGCCCUCAAGUAUUUGAACCUUGCAAAAACAAACUUCUCAGGAGAGUUUCCUCAUUCAAUCGGAAAUCUUAAACUCGUUGAGGAAUUGAACCUCUAUCACUGCCAAUUUUAUGGAUCAAUUCCUAGAUCUCUUGCAAAUCUUACCAAGAUAACUUACUUGGAUUUUGAUUCCAACCAUUUGCAAAGGCAAAUUCCAGAUGUUUUUGGGAAAAUGCACAAGUUAACUCAUUUGAGUUUUUUUAAUAACAUUUUUGAUGGUGAAAUUCCUACAUCAAUCUUCAACCUCACUUAUCUUACUUAUUUGUCACUGUCGUCAAAUAAGCUAAGAGGGCCUCUUCCUUGCAAUAUAAGUGGACUCUCAUUUUUACAUACAUUUCAAAUGGAUAAUAAUUUCAUCACAGGUCGUGUACCAUCUUGGUUGUUUUCUCUGCCUUCUUUACCCUAUUUAGACCUCCAAAAUAACAGAUUUACUGGACCUAUUGAUCAUGUUGAGAUGCCUAAUCUCAUUUUAAGAGAAGCCAAUUUCUUCAAUAAUGAGAUAAGUGGUUCGAUUCCUAGCUCUUUCUUUCAUCUUGCAAAUCUUACUGGAGUCGACCUUUCUUCAAAUAAUUUAAGUGGCACCAUUGCAGCCGACAUGCUUUCGAAGCUUGUAAAACUUCAGUAUCUUAAUCUUUCCAAUAAUAGUUUGCUGUCUUUGAGCAAUAAUGACACUGCUGUCAACUAUUCCUUCCCGAGCCUUUUCUAUUUUAGAUUCUCUUCUUGCAACAUACAGAAGUUCCCAAGUUUCUUGAGGAAGGCAAAGAGUUUGCAAGAAUUGGAUAUUUCCAAGAACAAGAUUUCUGGUCAAAUUCACAAAUGGGAAAUAGAAGGGAUGUCGUUGGACAUAUUAGAUCUUUCUUAUAACUUCUUGACUGGUAUAGAUUUAUUUGCUUUUGAAUCUCUUAGCAUUGUUGACCUCAAAUCCAACUUACUACAAGGAUCACUUCCCAUUCUAUCACAAACUUGGGAUUCUAUGGAACAACUCUUCAUUUCAGGGAAUAAUUUGACUGGCGAAAUCCCUUCUUAUUGCAAUUUGACUUUUCUUUGGGUUCUGGAUUUAGCUAACAACAGUUUGGGAGGAAAAAUUCCAGAAUGUCUUGGAAACUUGAGUUAUCUCAUCAUCUUCGAUUUGCAGAUGAAUAAGUUUCAUGGUGAAAUACCAAAUUCUUUCAUGAUCAACGGGAUUAAAUUGAGAACUCUUAAAUUAAAUGGCAACCAGUUGGAAGGGAUACUUCCACGGUUUUUGGUUAAUUGCAGUUACUUGGAAAUUCUAGAUGUGGGGAACAACAACUUGAAUGAUACCUUUCCACAUUGGUUAGGUGUUCUUCAAUCACUAAAAGUUCUCAUCCUUCGAUCUAAUCGAUUUCAUGGUGCCAUCAACAAUUCUAUGCCUGCAUUUUACUUCCCUCAGUAUGAGAGAUAUCGCUCCAGUUGAUAAAGUAUCAUUGGAAUACAUUGGUUAUU